AUGACUGAGUGGAGCUGCCUCGUGACAGGAGCAGGAGGGUUUCUGGGUCGGAGGAUCGUCCACUUGCUCGUCCAGGAGAAGGGGCUUCAGGAGCUCAGGAUCCUGGACAAGGUCUUUGAACCAGAAGUGAAGGAGGAAUUUUCAAAGCUCAAGAACAAGAUCAAGCUGACCAUGCUGGAAGAAGACAUUCUGGAUGAGCAGUGCCUCGUCACAGCCUGCCAGGGCAUCUCCGUUGUCAUCCACACUGCCUGUCUCAUUGAUGUCAGAGGUGUCAUUCCCAGAGACGUCAUCAUGGAUGUCAAUCUGAAAGGUACCCAGCUGCUGCUGCAAGCCUGUGUUCGAUCCAGUGUGCCCUUCUUCAUCUACACCAGCUCAAUGGAAGUGGCUGGACCCAACUCAUACAAGGAAAUCGUCAGGAAUGGCCAUGAGGGAGAGCAUCGCGAAAGCACAUGGUCUGCUCCAUACCCACACAGCAAGAAGCUGGCUGAGAAGGCAGUGUUGGCAGCCAAUGGAGACACUCUCAAAAAUGGUGGCACAUUGUACACUUGUGCUUUGAGGCCCACGUACAUCUAUGGGGAAGGAAGCCAAAACACUGCUUCUAUUAUAAAUGCGUCCUUGAAAAACAAUGGGAUCAUAGUACGUAGUGGUAAGUUCUCCAUAGCCAACCCGGUCUAUGUAGGCAACGUAGCCUGGGCUCACAUUCUGGCCUCAAGGGUCCUACGGGACCCCCAAAAGGCUCCAAACAUCCAGGGAAAGUUCUACUACAUUGCAGACAACACUCCUCACCAGAGCUAUGACAACCUCAAUUACACGCUGAGCCGAAAGUGGGGCCUCUGCCUCGAUUCCACACCCAGCCUGCCUCUGUCUCUGCAGUACUGGCUUGCCUUCCUGCUGGAGUUAGUGAGCUUCCUGCUGGCUCCAAUUUACAACUAUCAACCCCCCUUCAAUCGCCACUUGGUGACACUGUGCAAUAGCGUGUUCACCUUCUCCUACCAGAAAGCUCGGCGAGAUCUGGGCUAUGAGCCACUCUUCAGUUGGGAGGAAGCCAAGCAGAAGACCACAGAGUGGAUUGGCUCCCUGGUGGAACAGCACAGGCAGACCCUGAAGACAAAGACGCAGUGAUGUGAGGAUGGCAGGGAUGGGCAUGCGCUGUUGUGUGGCAAUGUCUGCACAGCCCUUCCAUGUUGGCUGCGUUCAGAAAGUGGCAGGGACACGAGUCAGGCACCCCUGCUUGCCUUUCACACCAGGACCAACUGGCUGUCUUCCUCUAACCAACACAAACCUCCCCAGUCAUUCCCAGUCAGAGCUGUCUGGUUCCAUCACACAGCACACGGCAUGCAAGGUGAUUGGCUUCAGCUCUUUUCAGUCUCAUAGGCUGGUCCUCAGUCACUGUGGUCCUCUUAGACUCUGGAGCUUUGCCUGUUCAUUGAACCCCAGUCU